AUGUCAGAGUAUCCACCGAUCGUAGGUGAACGCGGAGAAGAAGAAGUAAAUCCGCUCGGGGUGUACGAAGGUGAAAGAAACGAUAAAGGAGACAGGCAUGGACAGGGUAAAGCUUUGCUCCCCAAUGGCGACAUGUACGUGGGUCAGUACUGCAAAGGAUCGAGGCACGGCAAAGGACUUUACGUGUUCAAAAUCGGUGCUAGAUACGACGGUGAAUGGAGACAAGGUGUGAAAUAUGGUCAAGGAACUUUUUGGUAUCCCGAUGGAACACGAUAUGAGGGGGAGUGGAAGAGAGAUAUGAAACACGGUUUCGGUGUAUAUUAUUACAUAAACAACGACGUUUACGAAGGCUCGUGGAAGAAGAACUUUCGACACGGUAUGGGAUCAUACUUGUACGCUGACACGAACACCAAAUUUAUGGGAACAUGGAUCGUGGAUCGUAUGCAAGGACCUGGACAAUUGAUCCAUCCCCGUCAUCGAUUCCACGGAUUUUGGGAAUUAAAUUUGCCUUAUGGUCGGGGUUGUUUCACUUUCGAGAAUGCUUGCAUGCAACAUGGACACUACGUACACGUUGAAGACGUGGAAUUCGAUGAAACGCAGGAUGAACCCACGGAGGUAAAAAUUGAAAUAACAAAAGAUGCAAAAAGCGAAGUAUUGGAAUUGGAACCGCUUCCUUUGAAAAAAGGCAUUAUUCCAAUAUGGCGCGCGCGUUGUAUCACGCCAUAUAAUCCUGAUCUGUUACCACCAGAACCAGUUCCUUUCCAAGAAGAGGAUUCUCUGGAGUCUCUUGUAGAAAAAUGUUCGGAGGAAUUGAUGGAAAGAGAACAAUACUUAAAGUAUCCUGGAGAGUAUCGUGGAGAAGGCGAGGAGUAUUACGAAAAGGACGAUCAUGUUAGACCGUCCAUCGAAACAAUUUUUGAGACAUGA